AUGGGCAAGCCAAAGAAUCCCCACCCGACGGACAUCGUGAAGCGGACCGACACUCAAGCCAUCCACCUUCCGCACGUUCACCUCGAGGCCGUCACGCAAGUUGUCACCAAACCGACUCCACCGUCCCCAAUUUCGGCGAUUGUCCAAGCUGCAGCGACUGGGAACAUUUCGUGGCUCUGGAAGUUACUGCAAGCCUUUAACGGGGACAUGGCAGACGCUGUCGCGGCGGCAGCGUCCAACGGCCACUGCGACUGCGUCGCUCUGCUUCAGAGUUACCUCAUCAACUUUGAUGCCCCGAAGGCCCGGCAGGUUAUGAGGGAGGGGAUGGCGCCUGCCGCCGCCAAUGGCCACAUCGGUAUCGUGCUGUUCCUUCUCAAGGGCGUGGCUCCUGACGACGAAGUGGAUGGCGACGCAGUCUGGAUCGCGUUGCUCGAGGCCGCUGCUAACGGGUUCGUCGAGAUUUUGGAGCUUACAGCGAGUUAUGUGUCGCCACGGGACGCGAACUUCGAGCUCAACGUCGCGAGGGCGAUGUCGAACGCGAUAUCGGGCGGGUUCAUCGACGUGGUGGUGUUUCUCUUGACUUGGGAGAAGUGGGACGCCGACUUUGCCAAGACAUUCGAGAAGGCCAUGGCCACCGAGCAGCACGCGGUGGCGAAGAAGAUUUACGAAAUCUAUUCGCGAGUGAAGGUGGGAGGGAACUUGCUGGUUGAUAUGGCGGCACGUGGGAGGUUGGACGCCGUGAAGUACCUGUACGACCGAGGUUGCACGUCCAAGCUUUCCAGCACGCCGACACCAGCAAGGCCACGCCGGUUGUCACGUUCUUGA